AUGUGCGCAAAAGUGACAGUUCUUGACGAGCAAAACGACAUCAAACAGUACACUAUCCAGAAUGCAAAGGGGGAACUGGUGGUCAAAAUUCUGGACUACGGAGCUAUCAUCACAAACGUGUUGUUUGCGGACAAGAAUAAGAAACAACUGGAUCUGGUCUUAGGGUACGACACGUUUGCUGGCUAUCAGAGCAAAGAGAACCCACACUUCGGGGCACUGGUAGGCCGGGUGGCCAAUAGGAUAGCGUUCGGUAAGUUUGAGUUGAAUGACACGAAAUAUCAGUUGGCUUUGAAUGACCCCCCGAGACAUAACACACUUCACGGCGGACUCAUUGGCUUUGAUAAGGAUAUGUGGGCUCUCAAGACAUCCUCACCAGACUCUAUCACUCUGGAACUGAUCAGCAAAGAUGGCGAUCAAGACUUUCCCGGAGAUUACACUAUCCAGAAUGCAAAGGGGGAACUGGUGGUCAAAAUUCUGGACUACGGCGCUAUCAUCACAAACGUGUUGUUUGUGGACAAGAAUAAGAAACAACUGGAUCUGGUCUUAGGGUACGACACGUUUGCCGGCUAUCAGAGCAAAGAAAACCCACACUUCGGGGCACUGGUAGGCCGGGUGGCCAAUAGGAUAGCGUUCGGUAAGUUUGAGUUGAAUGACACCAAAUAUCAGUUGGCUUUGAAUGACCCCCCGAGACAUAACACACUUCACGGCGGACUCAUUGGCUUUGAUAAGGAUAUGUGGGCUCUCAAGACAUCCUCACCAGACUCUGUCACUCUGGAACUGAUCAGCAAAGAUGGCGAUCAAGACUUUCCCGGAGAUGUCAGGGUUGACAUCACAUACACGGUAACGGUGGAAAAUGAGCUGAAACUGGAAUACACGGGUCAACUGACACCGGACUCGCUGAAGGACACUGUCAUCAAUCUGUCCAACCAUUCCUACUUCAAUCUGAACGGCUGUACCGACGAGUCGGCUAUCGUGGCGCUCAACCAUAGGGUGCGUAUGAAUGCCGACCACUUCCUCGAGUUUAACGAUGAGUUCAUACCGGACGACGUGGUCAUGAAAACCAGUGCCGCGCCGGCCAUGGACUUCACGGGCGCUCAACUCAAACCCCUGUCCGAUCGCAUACCGAAGCUGAUCGCCGGCUACGAUCACUGCUAUGUUGUCAACGGCUCGACCGCUGAUGAAUGGACUAUAAAGGGUGGCAAUCAGCUCCGGGAGGCUGUGGUGGUUAACUCGCCCACCACUGGCGUUACGAUGACUUUCUCGACAACUGAGCCGUCGUUUCAGUUUUAUUCAGCCAAUGGUCUGAACGACACGUUUGUGACGAAAAGCACUCAAUCGGCGAAACCCAUAAAACUGGCCAAAUAUGCGGCCGUCUGUAUAGAGGGACAGCGAUAUGUCGACGCCAUUAACCACCAGAAGUGGAGGAAUCAAGUGAUUCUGUCACCCAAUCAGACCUACAAACAGACAACUGUUUAUAAGUUUAGUAAUCAAUAAGUGGUAAUAAGUUGAUACACUUUAUAAAACUUUUGGUAUA